GCUUCAAAUAGUUUUCUGACGUCGAGUAAAUUGUGUUAAUGGUAUAGUCGGGCAGUGUUUUGCGAUAACAGAAUUUUACAAGUGUAUUAUAUUAGUCAUUACCACAUUUUUAAAUAUAAAAUGGCAUUCCCUGGUAAAGAAAACAUCACAGAAAAUCUGGAAAAAUUUUCACUGAAGAGUCCUAGAAAAAUUUUGACGGACGUGAAUAAUAUUCGUAAAAUGUCGAUCGGUGAUGAGGACUUAGCUUCCAAACAACAGGAUUCAACAUCAGUUGAAAAAGUAACAUUAGCUAAUAAACCUGCAGCACCAUUUGACCCAUCAAUUGAACCAUUACUGAAAGGAAAUCCACGUCGUUUCGUAAUCAUGCCAAUUGAGUAUCCAGAUAUAUGGCAAAUGUACAAGAAGGCAGAAGCAUCGUUCUGGACAGUAGAGGAAGUAGAUCUUUCUAAAGAUAUGGAUGAUUGGGCACGUCUCACUGAUAAUGAACGACAUUUUAUUUCACAUGUGUUAGCCUUUUUCGCCGCAUCUGAUGGUAUUGUGAAUGAAAAUGUAGUUGAACGCUUCUGCCAGGAAGUCCAAGUGACAGAGGCACGUUGCUUCUAUGGAUUUCAAAUUGCGAUGGAGAAUGUGCAUUCUGAAAUGUAUAGCAUAUUAAUUGAUACAUAUAUUAAGGACUCGAAACAAAGGAAUUACUUAUUCAAUGCUAUAGAGACAAUGCCUGCCAUAAAGCGCAAGGCAGAUUGGGCGCUUGCUUGGAUUUCCUCGAAGUCAGCCAACUUUGGUGAACGUGUAAUUGCAUUUGCUGCCGUUGAAGGUAUCUUCUUCAGUGGCAGUUUUGCUUCGAUCUUCUGGCUUAAGAAACGUGGUUUAAUGCCAGGCUUGACAUUUUCCAAUGAACUAAUUUCACGAGAUGAGGGACUUCAUUGUGACUUCGCAUGUUUGAUGUUCCAACAUUUAAUACAAAAACCAAGUAAUGAGCGUAUUGUUGAAAUAAUUUCUGAAGCUGUUAAAAUUGAGCAGGAAUUCUUAACUGACGCUUUGCCGGUGAAUUUAAUCGGUAUGAAUUGCAAACUAAUGUCCGAUUAUAUUGAAUUUGUGGCUGAUCGUUUGCUUGUCGAGCUGGGAGUGGGGAAGAUCUACAACACACCGAACCCUUUCAGUUUCAUGGAACUUAUUUCAUUAGACGGAAAAACGAACUUCUUUGAAAAGAAAGUGGGUGAAUACCAGAAAUGGGGUGUAACUGCUAAUCGUAUGGAUCAUGUUUUUACGUUAGACGCUGAUUUCUAAAGACGACUUGUACAACUACAUACAUAUAUAUAAUUAUAUAAACUAUAAGAUUUUUUACCAUAAGAUAAGAUAAGAUAAAAUUGAUAAAUGAGGAAUAAAAGCCCUAACAGUAAGUAAAACAAAUCACCAAAAAAAAA